CUCUCUCUCUCUUUCUCUCUCUCCAUGGAGAUCCCAAAUCUUGUAUUCUCUGUUUGGGUCUUCUCCAUUUAUUUGUGUCAAUGCAGGAAUGGGGUUGAAGGUUCUCAUGAGGUGUACAGAAAUCUCCAAUCUGUGGAGACUCCCCAAAUCAGUAUAGCCAGUACGGAGAACAGAACUGGGUACCACUUCCAAGCACCAAAGAACUGGAUCAAUGACCCAAACGGCCCAAUGUACUACAAUGGCAUCUACCACCUCUUCUACCAAUACAACCCCUACGGCGCCACAUGGGGUAAUAUAGUGUGGGCCCACUCAGUCUCGACGGACUUGAUCAACUGGACCCCACUCGAUCUUGCGAUCUACCCAUCGAAGCCAUUCGACAUCAACGGGUGCUGGUCGGGGUCUGCCACGAUCCUCCCCGGUAACAAGCCGGUGAUCAUGUACACUGGCAUUGACAAACAAAAUCAACAGGUCCAAAACGUCGCAUUCCCUAAGAAUCUAUCAGACCCACACCUUGAGGAAUGGAUCAAGCCCGAUUACAACCCUCUGAUGGCCCCCACACCUGCCAAUGGCAUCAAUCCAAGCUCGUUCCGUGACCCGACAACAGCAUGGCUGGGCCCAGAUGGGCAUUGGAGAGUGUUGGUUGGCAGCCAGAUGGAAACAAGAGGAAUGGCACUCUUGUACAGGAGUAAAGAUUUUGUGCACUGGGUGAAGGCAAAGGAUCCCCUCCAUUCAUCAAAUGGGACCGGCAUGUGGGAGUGUCCUGAUUUCUAUCCUGUCUCAGAGAAUGGGAUGGACGGUUUGGAUACGUCCACGAUGGGGAAGGGAAUUAAGCAUGUUUUGAAGGUUAGUUUAUCUGUUAACAAGUCAGGUGAUUAUUACACCGUGGGUCGGUAUAUACACGAAAAAGACCUGUAUGUGCCCGAUAACACAUCUGCCGAUGAUGCUACCGGCCUGAGUUAUGAUUAUGGAAGGUUCUAUGCAUCCAAGACAUUCUUCGAUGCCAGGAAGAAUAGGAGGGUGUUGUGGGGUUGGAUGAAUGAGUUGGAUGGCGAGGCCAGUGACAUUGCAAAGGGGUGGUCUGGUAUCCAGUCGAUUCCUCGGGCCGUAUGGCUUGACAGGAACGGUCAACAACUCAUGCAAUGGCCAGUUGAAGAAGUCGAAUCGCUGCGAGGCAAACAGGUGAGUUUCCAUGAGCAACUGCUUAAGAAAGGUGAUCUCCUUGAAGUUGAUGGAAUAACCGCUUCCCAGGCUGAUAUUGAAGUCACAUUUCAUUUGCCAAGGUUGGAGGAAGCUGAGCCCUUUGAUCCCACUUGGGUCAACCCUCAAAUCCUAUGCAACCAAAAGGGUGCUAAUGUUAACGGGUCCAUUGGACCAUUUGGGUUAAUGGUCCUGGCUUCUGAUGGCUUAGAUGAAUACACCGCCGUCUUUUUCCGGAUUUUCAAGGGUCAAGAUAAGCCUGUGGUCCUGAUGUGCUCUGAUCAAAGCAGAUCCACUUUAAGAGAAGAAGUUGAUAAAACAACAUAUGGAGGCUUUGUAGAAGUGGAUUUGCGGUAUGGGAAGCUAUCUCUAAGGAAUUUGAUCGACCGUUCAGUCGUCGAGAGCUUUGGCGGAGGAGGAAGGACAUGCAUCACAGCUAGGGUGUACCCUACUCUCGCUGCAGGUGGCAAGGCUCACUUGUAUGCAUUCAACAGAGGAACUGAGGCAGUAAGGAUUUCUAAGCUGAAUGCAUGGAGCAUGAGGACACCUCGAAUGAAUUGAGAAAGGGAGAUGUGUUCUAGAGAUUAUGAAUGUGAGGUGGGACUCUUUUUUUUCCACUUUAGGACUCUAUGGGAUAUAGAAAUUCAAUUUUUAGGGAAUAACAAGGAGUGGUGCCUUUGAGGUUUGUAUGGUUUCUUUA